AUGGCUGAGGCGGAGGAAGAGGACUGCAAGAGACAGGUUAUUAUUAACGCACCCAAAGCUUGGAAAGCUGACAUCUGGGCACAUUUUGGAUUCUAUGAGGUUGAUGGGAAAGUAGACAAGACCUACGCGGUUUGUAAACAAUGCCACACCAAAAUCAAACACGUAGGAAAUACAACCAACUUCACCAAUCACAUAACCCGCUGGCAUCCUGAAUUGGCUACCGGUUCCAAAACAACACCACAACAAGAAAAAUUCCAGCCAAGAAUUGACCAGUCCCUGGUGUCACCACUACCACACAACUCUGAGAGGGCAAAGAAGAUUACACGCUCGGUGGCGUGUUUCAUUGCUAAAGAUCUGAGACCAUAUUCUGUGGUUGAGAAUGCGGGGUUUCGCCACAUGCUUAAAACUAUCGAGCCCCGUUAUAAGCUACCGGCAAGAGCUACAUUCGCCGACUCUGCAGUCCCCGCAUUGUACAAGGAAGUCAGAGCAGAGGUAAAUAAAUCAAUGCAACAAGCUAGUCAUGUAGCCAUCACAAGUGACGCCUGGACGUCUGUCGCAACAGAGUCCUAUGUAACCAUAACUGCACAUUAUAUUGGCGAGGAUUGGCAAAUGAUGUCACAUGUGCUGCAAACAAGAACAGUUCAUGAGAGCCACACGGGUGUUAAUAUGGUGACGCUGCUAUUGAAUGUUGUGGAGGAAUGGCAGCUAACAGAGAAAGGUGUUGUGCUGGUGACGGACAACGCCACAAAUAUGGCAAGUGCUGCUGAAAUUGGCAAGUUCCCUCAUGUGAGAUGCUUUGCACAUACUUUGAACCUGGCCGCGCAGCGGGUGCUUAAACUACCGACGGUCAGCAGGCUUCUGGGCAGAGUCCGACGUAUCAGUGCGUACUUCCACCGCAGCACGAAAGCAAAGCACCUGUUCGAGGAGAACCAGAGAGUCAUGCUCAAACUGACAUGCCCGCUCAAACUCCUCACUGAUGUCUCCACAAGGUGGAAUAGUGCCUAUGACAUGAUGGAGAGAUUUUUGCAACUGCAAGCUGCAGUGCACGCCACCCUGCUGUCGCCUCAUCUAAAUGUAGACGAAAGUGACAUCGUCACCCUCAGCAGAGCAGAUCUGGCUAACGUGGAGGAAGCAGUGAAGACAUUAAAACCAAUGAAGGAUGCCACUGUCUGUUUGUCUGAGGAGAGCACUCCUACAGUCAGCCUCAUUGCACCAGUAUAUGCCCAACUCCCCCAGAGCAUGUCAGACACUACUGGAGACCAACCACUGAUCCGCGAUGUGAAGAAUGCAAUCAAAACAGAUCUCCUCAAGAGGUACAACAGUGAGGCAGAGAAGAAGAUCCUUCAUACGUCAUCUGCCCUGGAUCCUCGAUUUAAAGGCCUACUUUUCCUGGCAGAGGAGGAGAAACUGGAUGUCUACGCAGGAGUGACUGCCGAGGCUGCAUCUCUGGAGUAUGAAAGAAGACAUCAGAGAGAAGCAGAUGAAGUGCCUGGUGGAACAGGAAGUUCAGGAGACAAGGAAGAGUUGGCAUGCACAGGCGACAAUGUGUCUGACUCACAAGGCCCCUCUCAUCCCAAAAGAAAGGCAUCAUCACGGCAUGUGAGUUUGCUGGGAGCUGCUUUCACUGAUUUAAGUCAACCUGCAGUACAAAGUAAGUCUGUGGAUGCCACUGCCAAGGAGGAAAUGGACUUGUACUGUAGAUCCCCAUCUGUGCCUCUCUCUGAGGAUCCCUUGGAAUGGUGGCAGCGCCAUGAGGGCACAUUUCCUCUCCUCUCUAGGUUGGCAAAGAGAUACUUGUGCAUCCCCGGGACAAGUGUGUCAGCAGAGAGGGUGUUCUCCACAGCAGGAGAUGUAAUCUCAGCCAAACGAAGUGUUCUCAAACCAGAACAUGUUGAUCAGCUUGUGUUCUUGCACAAGAACCUGGAAAUGCCCAAAUGCUGA